AUGGAAAAAAAGGAGAAAAACCUUCGUCCGAGGCUGCAAUUGAAAAGAGCGUACUCGCCUGCUGCUUCAUCUUUAAAUCUGUUUGAGCGAUUGAACGGGAAGGUCAACUCGAUUCGAUUUUUGGAAACACGGGGCAUCGAGCGUGUCCCAGAGUCUCAACGGGUUCGGAUCACCAGCUCGGACUAUGUACAGAUGACCUUGCUAUGGUUCAGCACCAACAUCACCGCCAACAAUAUGGCCGUGGGAAUGUUAGGGCCACUGAGCUAUUCUCUUGGGUUUGUUGACUCGGCGCUCUGUGCGACCUUUGGAGCCUUGCUUGGUGCUGCUGGAGCGGCGUAUAUGAGUACCUUUGGUCCGGCUAGCGGGAAUCGUACCAUGGUAGUAGCGAGAUACUUUAUGGGGUACUACCCCAGCAAGAUCUGCUGCCUUCUGAAUAUCGUCAUCAUGCUUGGUUAUGGAAUGAUUGACUGCCUCGUCGGAGGUCAGGUAUUAUCUGCUGUCGGUGAUGGCCGAGUCAGUGUCGUGGGCGGGACGAUAAUUGUCGCUGCGAUCACCUGGAUAGUGGUUGUAUUCGGCAUGUCAGUAUUCCACAAAUACGAGAGAUGGGCAUGGGCACCACAGCUAGUUGCAAUAUUUGUCCUGGUGGGCAGCGCAGGCUCCAAGUUCGAUACUUCCAUUACCUCCAAAGGUGAUUCGCAAACAAUCGCUGGUAAUCGGUUGUCCUUCUUAUCCUUGUGUUUAUCUUCCGCAGUGGCCUGGGCCCCAGCUGGAGCAGACUACUAUGUGUACUAUCCUCCAUCGACACGAAAAUGGACGACAUUCCUCAUGACUUUAAUUGGUAUCGGAUUUGCUCUGGUCUUUGCGAAUCUUGUUGGUGUUGGCCUGGCCUCAGGCACUGUAUCCAACAAGUCUUGGGAAACUGCCUACGGCACCUCCUCAGGAGCCCUCAUCCUAGCCGGUUACGAGGGCCUUGGGGGAUUCGGAAAGUUCCUAGGUGUCAUUAUUUCUCUAGGCCUAAUUGCGAACAACAUCCCCGGUACAUAUUCGGCCACCUUGGGCUUCCAGAUCAUGGGCCGGCAUCUGGCUCGUCUGCCACGUUGGCUAUUGUCCUGCAUUGGGGUCAUCAUCUAUACUGUCUGUGCGCUUGCAGGGCGGAAUCAUCUCUAUGACAUUUUCGAGAACUUCCUUGCUCUCAUGGGAUACUGGGUGACAAUAUAUUUGGUUAUUGCGCUCGAGGAGCAAUUCAUCUUCCGUCGUACUCGUGGCUUCGAUUGGGAAGCCUGGGCCGACAGAGCCAAGUUACCCCUCGGCCUAGCUGCCCUGGCUGCAUUUCUGAUUGGGUGGGCUGGCGCGAUCGUUUGUAUGGAUCAGAUCUGGUAUGUUGGACCGAUUGCCAAGAUGGUCGGAGAGGAUGGCAGCGAUUUAGGCAUUUGGGUUGGAGUCAGCUGGGCCAUGAUUGCGUUUCCACCUUUGCGCUGGUUAGAACUGAAGAGGUUCAACCGGUAA